CGGGGGGUUGCGCGGGAGCGGCCGGGAGCGGCCGGGAGCGCGUUGCCAGCCGAGCGCCUCCCCCGCCGUCGGCCCGCGCGUCGGCCAGGCCUUCCCGGUCCGCCAGGGGAGCGGCGGGCGCGCCCCGUUCGGCCCCGACGCGCCGCGGCCCAGCAGCCGGCCGCACUACGACCUGUUCGGCGUCUCCAUCCGGGACCCAUCCUUGCUCCUUGCCAUCACUGUCAUUGGGGUCACAGUGGUCCUGUUGGCCCUGAGGAACAUGAACUCAAGGAGGAAACAGAUCACCUUACAGGACUCUGAAGCCAAGUACCCGCUGCCCUUGAUUGAGAAGGAGCAAAUCAGCCACAACACCUGGAGGUUCCGUUUUGGGCUGCCCUCAUCAGACCAUGUCUUGGGGCUUCCUAUAGGUAACUAUGUCCAUCUCUUGGCCAAAAUUGAUGGCGUUAUGGUGGUCAGGGCUUACACGCCUGUGUCCAGUGAUGAUGACCGAGGCUUUGUGGACUUGAUUAUAAAGGUCUACUUCAAAAAUGUGCACCCCAAUUAUCCAGAAGGGGGGAAGAUGACUCAGUACUUGGAGAACAUGAAGAUUGGGGACACCAUCCUUUUUCGAGGGCCAACUGGUCGCCUCUUCUAUAAUGGGCCAGGGAACUUUUCAAUCAAGCCAUACAAAACAAGUGAGCCUGAAAAGAAGCUGGUCAGUCACCUGGGAAUGAUCGCUGGGGGCACAGGGAUCACGCCCAUGCUGCAGCUCAUUCGCCACAUCACCAAGAACCCCAACGACAGGACCAGGAUGUCUCUCAUCUUUGCCAACCAGACAGAGGAGGAUAUCUUGGUGAGACGGGAGCUUGAAGAAGUUGCCAGAACUCAUCCGGACCAGUUUGACCUGUGGUACACCCUGGACAGGCCUCCUGUUGGCUGGAAGUACAGCUCAGGCUACAUCACCGCCAACAUGAUCAAGGAGCACCUCCCUCCUCCAGGGCAGUCCACGCUCAUCCUGGUGUGUGGCCCAAUGCCCCUGAUCCAGACAGCUGCUCAUCCUAACCUGGAGAAACUGGGUUAUACCAAGGAGAUGAUUUUCACUUACUAAUACCUUCCUUGUUCCAAGCAAAUUUGCCUGGUCCCUUUCAUCUAUUUCAGAGUGAGUCCCGCCUCACCGCAUUAAACAGGGAUGUGUUCACAAGUGCCUUGUAAUGCACCGGGGGCACAUGGCUCCUCUCUUGGGCGUGGGCCUAAGCAGCAUUCAGGGGCUGGAAGCAGACUGCUUUCAGAGGCCUCCUAGCUUGGGAGGCUUGAAGGGAUUCCAUUUCAGUGUCUUUCCCCAAAGUGUAAUGAAAUCAACUUCGGGACAAAGCAGAUAGCUCAGGACAUGUGGCUCUGUGGGGGUCCAGCUAAGCAGUUGGAGGGCCUUGGCCAGCCCUACGUGGGAACAGCCUUCUGUGUGUCCCAGGGAGGUCAGAACUGGCAAAAGCAGAAAAUUCCAGAAGAACCCAAGUGGGGUCAUGUCAACUCCCAGUAACUCUCUUCAACUCUCCCCUCUCCAGAGUGUUCUAAAGUCAGACCUACCAGAGGGCCCGGGCACCCUCCAUGUGGACUCUUCCUUCUUUUGUAGGAGACCCUUGAAAUGGGAAUGGUGUUAAGAGGCAUUAGGGCCAUCGCGAAUCCACAGGGCGGGCGGGCUCCAGCCAUGCUGGACUCCCUGUGCUUUGCACAACAGAGGGAAGCAAGGGCCCUGGGUUUCUUAGCAGCUUCUGAAUGCCAAGUCCUGUUCUGAUCUGGCAGCGGGUGGUGGUUAGCACAGAAGCAUCUGAACCUGCAAAUGAGACUAGGCUCCAGGAGUUAUUCCCGCAAUUCUUCCCAUUGCUAAACCCAAGCGAUACAAUGACCACCACGUCCUUGGCUGUCCGCUGCCAGGCUGACGCGCUGCUCCGUUACCUGGGAGCAGGUAAACGCUUCCUGCACUUUAGUUCCUUUCGUUCUCAUAACAAGCCAGAGAUUCCGUGGGGAUUUUGUUCUCCAAGUUACAGCUGAGGAGAGGCUCUAAGAUGAAGCUAUUGUCCCCAGGUCAUUCCAACAGAAGGUGGAGAAACUGGGUUCAGACCUGGGCAUUUAAUUCCAAGUCAUUCCCUUUCCGCAAUAACUGGUAUUGUAGUAUUGUUGCUGCAGUGGGUGUCACUGGGUGUGUGCAUGUGUGCACGUGCAUGUGUGAGGGGCACAGAAGAGGGUGAGCCAGCUCUAGAGAAAUCAUUUGAGUGCAGCUGUGCCCUGCCUAUGGGUGGUCUCACAGAGGGAGCAUGGGGUGCAGCAGGAAGGGGUGCAUGGGGGCGAGAGGCUGCAAGCCUUUACCCAUCUGUGUAUUCAGUGCACCCUCAGCAAAGCCCUGCUUGGGGAAAGAUACUCCACUGGGCACAGUAUGAGGAGUAAGAGCCCACCCUCAUGUUUUUCUCUAACACAGAUUUUCCCCUGCGUUGUCUCCUGCUUUCACGAGCUCCCACCUGGCCACCCGUGUCCUCACAGGGACCUGGCUCACAGGGCUUGUCCUGAUCUGACUCCAGCUUGACAUCACCAGGUUUUUCCUUCCCUGGGCUUCCCACUUUUACCCCAUUUUGUGGCCCCAGUAGUUCUCAAUGAGGGGCAGUUUUGUCCCCCAGGGAACAUUUGGCAAAAUCUGGAGACAUUUUUAUCAGAACCAGAGGAGGGGUGUUGCUGGAGUCUAGGGAGUAGAGGCUGCUGCUCACCAUCCUACAACACACCAGACAGGCGCCAUCACAACAAAUUACCCAGCCCUAAGUGACAAUGGUGCGGAGGCUGGGAAACUCUGCUCUAGUCUUAGCAACUUUGGGCACUCGCUAGGAUGUACUGGGAUGUUCCAAGGCCAUUUGCCUGGAGCACCUUUUCCCGCUCUGGUGUACUUGGGGAACCAGAUUCAUCGCUGAAAACCAAAUAGCCCCUCUUCCUGGAAGCCUUCCCUGUCCCCUCCCCCAGCUCGCCAUUAAAAAUGACAACUAGUUUCUGUUGGAGCAUCUGUAACUUUCAGCACACACUUGUUUGAAACAGAGGUGUACCCCCGACCCCUUGUCAGCACCCUCUGACAAGGACCUUGACACUCAUGCCUGUAUCUCCAGCUCUGCUUGGCCCAGCAUGGAACACGCUUAGCCUGCACACACGGAGGGGCGAGGGGAUGGGGAGCGUGGCAGCAUGGAGUGCCUGGGCAGCUUGAGGACCAGGGUUUGUUCUGACUCCGGGCUGUACGGGAGUGUGCCCACAGCAGGUGCUCGGUGCGUGUGUGCUGAGUGUGGCUGUGCGAAGGGAGAAAGGCACACUACUUCAGGGGGUCCUAGGAGGGACCCGGGCUGAAGGGCAGACAGCGCAGCGGGGCCCAGGGACCUCCAGCCAACGCAUCAGCGAGGGCUUCCUGAAGGAAGCGGGGUCUUGCUGGGCCUUGACAGGCAGAACUUGGCCUUGUGAAGGGGGGACCAAGGGGGCAAAGACCUGCUACAGCGAGGAGGAGGCGGGCACACAGGCUACACAGGGGGUUCGUGAGGCUGAAGAUUCAGAAGGGCUGUGGGUGCAGCUAAGGCUAAUCCAGAGUCCUCUCUGGAUUCUGGAACUGAGUUCUUAGAAAGGUAACGGGAUUAAAGCAGUGCUUUGGAAAGGCCACUCUGGGACAGAGGGGAGCAGCUGGGGACGUGGUGGAGCAAGCAGGAACCAGCUUUGGAAAGCAGAGGAGAGAGGAGGCCCGAGCUGUGACAGCCCCACAAGGGGGAGAAUGGGAGGGUCGGUAGGGGACCCCCCACCCUAGGCUGCUGUGUGUUGG